UUGCGACUUUUCAAAUUGUGACUUUUAGCUUUUAUAAGAAAUCCAUAUAAAGAGACGGGUGCGAAACCAUUUUACCAUCGCAAUAUCUAUAGUUUCUUUUCAUCAUUGAUAUUCAAGAAAGUUAAAUUAAGCGUAGAGAAGGAUGAAAGGCUCUUGGAAUUCAACGAGUAUGAUUCUUGUUACACUUUAUUUUCUCCUGUCAUUCGUUCAUAAUUUUGGGGACGUCCUUGCGGCUCCUACUAGGCACUUGUGUCGUCCCGAACAAAGGGAUGCACUUCUCCAGUUCAAGAACGAGUUUCAGAGUCAGAAUCCAUCGUGUGAUUACAAUUGUUUAAUCAAUGGUAGCAUCGUACACCCUCACCCGAAGACGGAGUCAUGGGGGAACAACAACGACUGUUGUAAUUGGGAGGGUGUCACCUGCAAUGCAAAGUCCGGGGAAGUGAUCGAGCUAGACCUUAGCUGCAGCUGCCUCCUUGGCCGGUUUCAUUCCAAUAGCAGUCUUCAAAACCUUCCUUUUCUAACCACUCUUGAUCUUUCAUCUAAUGGUUUUAGUGGUCAAAUCCUGGCUUUAGCUGGAAACCUUUCUCAUCUCACUACUCUCGAUCUUUCUUUUAAUCGAUUUUCUGAUCUGAUUCUAUCUUCAACCGGAAACAUUUCUCAACUCAUGUCUCUUGACCUUUCCUAUAAUCUGUUUUCAGGUCAGGUUCCAUCUUGGAUUGGAAACCUUUAUAAGCUCACUUCCCUCGAGCUUUCUAGUAACAAUUUCGUCGGUGAAAUCCCUUCUUCUUUUGGCAAUCUGAACCAACUGACAACCUUGGGUGUUUCUCGCACUUACCUCAGUGGAAAUUUACCCAUUUCACUACCGAAUUUGACAAGGUUGACAGACCUAACACUCAAUUUUAAUCUGCUCACAGGCACGCUUCCUCCUAACAUCUCUUCACUAUCCAACUUAAAGUAUUUUCAGGCAGCUGAAAACGCUUUCACUGGAACCCUCCCUUCUUCUCUCUUUACCAUUCCUUCUUUGAUUUAUAUUAUUUUGAGUGAUAACCAAUUCAACGGCAAUCUUGAAUUUGGCAACAUAUCUUUACCCUCUAACCUAAAAACGUUAGACGUUAACAAUAACAACUUCAUAGGACCAAUCCCAAGAUCCAUUUCUAAAUUAGUCAACCUUAAGAGACUUAGCCUUUCCCAUUUGAAUACCCAAUCCCCGGUUGACUUUAGCCUCUUCUCCCAUCUCAAGUCGCUCGAAGAUCUUAACCUAUCCCAUUUGAACACUCCCACUACGAUCGACUUGAAUGAUGUCUUAUCAUAUUUCAAGAGCCUCCGAUUUUUGUAUCUCUCAGGCAACCAUGUUUCAGUCACAAACAAGAGUUCAGUUUCAUAUCCUCCUUCGCUAUAUCAGUUGCGAUUGUCAGGCUGUGGUAUCACCGAGCUUCCAGAGUUCCUAAGAACCCAACAUGAAAUGGCGGUUCUUGACAUCUCCAACAACAAAAUCAAAGGUCAAGUUCCUAGAUGGUUAUGGACGCAAACAAACUUGGACAGCGUGAAUCUUUCCAACAAUACCAUCACGGGCUUCGAAAGAGCCUCUGUCCCGAAACCAUCUAUGAUGAACUUUUUUGGCUCCAACAACAACCUCACUGGCAAUAUUCCAUCUUUCGUAUGCACGUUGCGUUCUCUAAGAAUUCUCGAUUUAUCAGACAACAACUUUAGUGGUUCAAUCCCUCGUUGUAUGGGAAAUCUCAAGAAAACUCUUUCAGUUCUAAACCUUCGUCGAAAUAAUCUUAGUGGAGGUCUUCCGGAGCAUAUAUUUGAAAGGCUGAGGACACUAGACGUUGGUCAUAACCAGCUGGUGGGAAUGCUUCCAAGAUCUUUGAGAUUUUUCUCUAUUCUUGAAGUUCUGAACGUGGAAAGCAACAUAAUCAAUGACACGUUUUCGUUCUGGUUGAGUUCUCUGCCAGAGCUACAAGUUCUUGUCUUACGCUCCAAUGCAUUCCAUGGACCAAUACAUCAAGUCUCGUUCUCUAAGUUGCGAAUCAUCGACAUAUCACAUAAUCAGUUUAAUGGAACUUUGCCGACAGAGUACUUUUUGAAGUGGAGUGGGAUGUCAUCACAUGGUACAAACAGUUAUUGGUCUGACCAAAAGUACAUUGGAGAUGACAUGGGAUAUUACCAUGAUUCACUGGUUUUGAUUAAUAGAGGUUCAGCACUGGAGCUGGAGCGUAUCUUUAAAUUGUACACAACAAUCGACUUUUCUGGAAACAAAUUUGAAGGAGAGAUACCAACGUCCAUCGGUCUAUUGAAAGACAUUCGUGUGCUUAACUUGGCAAACAAUGCAUUCACUGGCCGCAUCCCUUCAUCUAUGGGGAAUCUGACAGUUCUCGAGUCGUUGGACGUUUCCCAAAACAAGCUUUCAGGAGAAAUUCCACAAGAGUUAGGGAACCUCUCGUUCCUUGCUUACAUGAACUUCGCUCACAACCAGCUUUCAGGCCUAAUACCAGGGGGCAAUCAGUUUCGAAGGCAAAACUGCUCUGCCUUUGAGGAUAACCUGGUACUUUUCGGCCCUUCACUUGACGAAGUUUGCAGAAAUAAACAUACACCGGCAUCGCAACAAAAUGAAACGCCGGAAUCAGAGGAAGAAGAAGAAGAGUUCCUGAGUUGGAUAGCAGCUGGAAUAGGAUUCAUACCUGGUAUUGCCUUUGGUUUGGCGAUGGGAUACAAACCAAAGUGGUUAAUGAACUUCAAAGUCCAAAGAGCGCAGACUAGUGGCGGAGCCUUAAAGCUAGGCUCACUAACAAAGCCAGUGAAAUCUCUUUUGGCCGAAAAGAUCGUAGAAGCAGAAGCACCACCACUCACUAGAGAGGCUUAGGAACUAUCUGAGGAAUCUGGAAGAGGAAAGUCAAAGUAACCGGACGAACUCCAGGACGUCAACCAACCACUCUUCUGGCCAACUAUGUCUGGUUUAUAGAUUUCUAUUAUAGUUCCACAUUUAGCGUGUGUAUGUCUCUUUUACUCUGUUUUUAGCCAACUCUGUUUCGAACCUUUAGAUGCACAUGUAAAGUUGUUUAUUUUUUAUUUUUUUUGCGAGUUUAUUUGUUAUCAGUUUACAUGUAUAUAUACGUAUGCCGAUAUUGUUCAUAUCGAUGAG